AUGAAUAGGUUCAUAAGUGAUACUUCUGGCCUAUUUGAUGAAUUAUUUCCUCAUUGUGAAGCAUACAAUGAUGCAUUUGCAUCAUUAUAUGCUUUGAAAACUUAUGACAACGCGGAGUUGAACAAAAUUUACCAAAAGAUCAAAAUUAAUUUGAUAGAUUCUAAAAUAUCUUCAGCUGAAGAGAUUAUUAGAACUAUGUCUGAGAUUUUUUUAUAUAAUAAUUGUUAUUUAAGAUCAUACUUCACAAUUUUCAAAUUGAGCUAUGAAGAAUUUCAUCCGAAUCAAGUAUUGAACAUAAAUCCUCUUUUCGAUUACUUUGUUUAUAAAGAAUAUGGAAAAUCACUUGAUAAAAAUAACUUAGAAAAAAAUUUCAAAAGAUAUUCUUGGAAAGAUUUUUCAUUAGAUAUUCAUCAAAAAUACACAAUAUAUGAAGCCAUUAUGCAUGACAAUAAAGAGCAAUUUAUUUCGAUCGCAGAAAAUAAUGAUUUUGAUGAAAAACAAUUACUAUCAAGCGAAUUCUAUCCGGAAAAUAACAACCGCUAUACAUUGCUUGAAUUAUGUUGUUAUUAUGGAGCAGUUGAUUGUUUUAAAUUUAUUAGGACAAAGUUCGAUUCAAUAAUUACAACGAAAUGUCUUGAAUUAUCAUUUUUAGGUGGCAAUCCAGAGAUAAUGCACGAAUGUUUGAAAACAUGUUAUCCAAAUGAAAAGUGUAUGACCAAUGCUAUCAUUUCCCACAACAUUGAUUUUGUAACUUUUUUGAUGAAUGAAUACGAAUUAGCAAUUAAUAUUGAGGAAUGUCAAAGAUAUCAUAACAUUCAAGCAUUUUUGGUUUAUUAUGAUUGCAUUAAUAUGAAUGACAUCAACGAUUGCUACAUUCAAUCAAUAAAUUUCAAUCAUAUAGGAAUAAUUGAAAAAAUACUUUUUCUUGGCGCAGAUAUUAAUGCAAAAACUAAAUCUGGUGGUACUGUUCUUUAUUUUGUAUUGCAAAGAAAACUGAACAUAUUAGCAGAGUUUCUUUUAUCACGUGGUAUUUCAAUUAAUGCAAAAGAUAAUGGUGGAUUAACAGCUCUCCAUCUUUCAAUGAAAUUGCAAAAUAAAAGUAUUAUGGAAUUUCUUUUAUCGCAUGGUGCAGAUGUAAAUAUUGGUGAUAACUUCGGAUUAACAUGUCUUCAUAAUGCAGUAUGGAAUAACAACAAAGAAAUAGCAGAACUUCUCCUUUCUAAUGGAGCUAAUGUUGAUGCCAAAGAAAGCAUGGGAUUAACAGCUCUCCAUUAUGCUGCGAUGAAUAAUUAUCAAGAACUUGUAAACCUAUUGGCAUCUCAUGGUGCAGAAUUAAAUGCUAAAGAUGAUAAUGGGAAAACUGCACUUAUUUCUGCAGCAGAAUGGAAUAGAAAAGAAACAAUGGAGCUUCUUAUCACUCUUGGUGCCGAUAUCAAUUCGAAGGAUAAUAAUGGGAAGACUCCCCUUAUGGCUGCAGCAGAAUGGGAUAGAAUAGAAACAAUUGAUUUUCUGAUUGCCCAUGGUGCGGACGUUAAAGCAAAAGAUAACAAAGGGAAAACAGCAUUAAAUUAUGCAGCAUCGCGGAAAAAUAGAAACACAAUAAAAGCUCUAAACGAAAAGGACCAUAACCCAAGAUAA